AUGAUUUUACGGAGUUUAUGUAAUGGCCUUGAGUUAUUGAAACUCGACAAGGUUCAAAUGAUGUUAUCAGCAGGAAUAAAAUAUUUUCCACCACCGAAAAAUUAUGACCAUAUUGAAAUACCUGAACGACAAAGAUUGAAAGUAUUUGAUAAAGUACCACAAUAUCCAUCAAAUAUAAAACCUCCGAAAAUGCAAAAGAGACUUCGCUAUAUGAGGGGCCCUGAGACAUUGCACAAUACCUUACAGUUAAAGCAAUAUGGUGUUGUAGCCAGAGGUGGUGGUAGACUGAGACAUGAACAUUUUGAGAUGAUACGUCUUCAAGUUGCGAGGCGAUUAAAUCAAAAGAUAAUGUUUGCCAUUUGGCGUGUGGACCCACCAUGGCAGCCAGUAACAAAGAAGGGUCAAGGUCAGCGCAUGGGUGGAGGAAAAGGUGCCAUAGAUCACUAUUGCACACCAAUUAAAUGUGACCGCAUUAUUUUUGAAGUAGGAGGAAAAUGUGAUUAUGCUGAGGUCUACAAUAUGUUAAGGAUAAUAGCAGAAAGAUUGCCAUUCAAAGCGGAACCAGUAUCUCAAGAGGUUAUGGAGAAACAAGCUGCUGAUGAGAAAUGGCGAGAAGAGAAUAACUCAAAUAAGUUCUCAAUGAAAUAUUUAAUUCAGAAUAAUAUGCAAGGCUGCAGUAAGCAUUUAUCCAAGUAUGAUAACCUAUGGUAUGGCAAAUAUUUGUAG